UCCCAGCUGCCCGCGCUCGCUACGAGACAGAGGCAGGCAUGGCAAGCCGCGGAUCCGGGGUGGUGACGAGAGUAGCAGUUCCGCCAUUGGUCGAGGAAGCCUGAGGGACGGGCCAGCGUGGGGAGCAAGGAGAGACCAAGGCGGUGGCCCCGAGAGAGCCAGAGCAAUGGAGGCCAACAUACCGAAGCGGAAGGAGCCUGGCAAGUCCCUGCGUAUCAAAGUCAUCUCCAUGGGCAACGCUGAAGUGGGAAAAAGCUGUAUUAUAAAGCGAUACUGUGAGAAAAGAUUUGUGUCUAAAUACCUUGCAACAAUUGGAAUUGACUAUGGAGUCACAAAGGUACAAGUCAGAGACAGAGAAAUCAAAGUUAACAUCUUCGAUAUGGCUGGACAUCCCUUCUUCUACGAGGUUCGUAAUGAGUUUUACAAGGACACACAGGGUGUGAUACUGGUCUAUGAUGUUGGGCAGAAAGAUUCCUUUGAUGCCCUUGAUGCAUGGCUGGCAGAAAUGAAGCAAGAUCUUGGACCUCAUGGAAACAUGGAAAAUAUUGUAUUUGCAGUGUGUGCCAACAAGAUCGACUGUGCUAAGCACCGCUGUGUUGAUGAAAGUGAAGGACGUCUUUGGGCUGAAAGCAAAGGGUUCCUGUACUUCGAAACUUCGGCUCAAACUGGAGAAGGAAUCAGUGAGAUGUUCCAGACCUUUUAUGUAUCCAUAGUUGAUUUAUGUGAAAACGGCGGGAAACGUCCUAUCACAAAUAGCAGUGCUAGUUUCACCAAAGAACAAGCAGACAGCAUUCGCAGAAUUCGAAAUAGUAAAGAUAGUUGGGACAUGUUGGGAGUCAAACCUGGGGCCUCAAGAGAUGAAGUCAACAAAGCAUAUCGGAAACUUGCUGUGCUGCUUCACCCUGACAAGUGUGUAGCACCUGGUAGUGAAGAUGCCUUCAAAGCCGUUGUGAAUGCCCGAACAGCCCUCCUGAAAAACAUCAAAUAGAAAGUAGAAAAAAAAAGACAAGUGUGGGCCUCGAGUCCAAACAGACUUUCCCUAGAGGUAAAGUAGCCAACAUGGGUUUUUCCUUCACAGAAUCUUACAGCUCUUUUCACUCAUGUGCUGUCAUUUGUAAAUCAGUAAUUUGGGUGCCUGUUACCAUGCCAUAGACAUUUUGCAGAGAUGAAGUGAAGAGAACCAAGCGCCACUUAUACACUACCGUUCAUUUCCUACUUCUGAAUGAUAUAAGAGAUUUUUCUCAUGAGUUUGUUAGCUCUGUCAGUGUAGCAUCCCUUAGGCACUUUGCUCAGGAAAGUCCAUGAGGUUUCUGGAAGGAGGAUAGGAGGAUCCUUUCACUUUUUCUUUUUAAAAACAUUCAUCAUCAGAGAAGAAAACAAAAAUGGAAGCAGACAUAGCAGAAUCCCCGAAAGUGUGGUGACCUCACAAGCAAGUUGCCCCUUUUACAGUGAGUUUCUUAGGUAGUAUUAUAAGCAUCAAUCUAUAGUUAAUGAACUCUUGGCAGCCCUUUGGAAGUGAAACGAGGUGAUACAAUUCUGAACUGAGCAGCCCUUUUGUGACGUUCACUCUGUUCCCCUUCUCCAGUCACCAGGGGGAGAGACCAGCCAGUCCUAAGAGAGCAAAGACAGUGACGGCGGCCGCAAGUUCUGGUACGCUGGCUGCUGCUAGUCCUGGCCCUGAAUCUGAGGCCUCUCACUGGCCAUGGAAGUGGGUGCUGGUAGCUCUAGGGAGCAUCAUCGCCUAGGAAUCAGGAGUCAGACUCCAAGACAGUAGUGCCUGCAGGUCACACUAGAUUGAGCACACAUGCCUAGAGGGCACGGUCGGCCUGGCUCAGGCAUGUUUGAUGCCCUAGGAGAGCCUCCAUGUGAGGCUUGUGCCUUCUUUGUUUCUACAUCACGUUCUGCAUCACAGCAGUUGGGAAAGGCAGGGGUGCCGGGCCUCCUCUUCACUUCCUCAUCAGUGUUAGUUCCCUCUCUCUUCCCUCUUCUCUUCCUGUCCACAUCUGCUGCCAUUUCUCUUUUCUUGAAUCCGUGCCUUCCGGCUCUUGACUCCUCCAUCCUCCUGUGCAGCCUUCACCUGGGCCUGGUUGACCAGAGACAAGUAUGGAUCCUUUGGGUGGUGGACAGAGAGAUCUUAAGGCCUGUGUGAGAAGAACCUCUGUUACUUUUGCCUGGGUUACAAAUUUCUGAUUAGUAAUAUUUUAAAGCUACAGAUGAUGAAAAUUAAUUUCACAUGGAGAAAUACAUUCUCCUGCUGUAGUAUCUUCCUCAGUAUCCAAGGGAUGGAUGAAGAGCAAGUGUGAGGACCAGCCUUUCUUCCAGAGCUUACAGAGCCAGUGCCACUGCUUGGCUCGUCACACCAUCACUCUCAUGUUACUCAGAUUUUUAGCUGUGACCAGGCUGCACUAAUUGGGGCUUCAAAGUAUAUAAAACACUACUGUCUGUGAAUUUUAAACAGCUAUUCCAUAUUGGUCGCCAAGGAGCAUUCACCUUACCCCGGAGAAGAAAAGCCGCUUCCGUUUAACUCAAGCCCACUGCAGCCUUCUGGGCUCUUCCCUGCUCCAGAGCAGCUUUGCUUCGUGUGGCUGCCCUUGCGCUGCACUGAGCUGGUCGUCAGGAAACCAGAGCAUUGUCUUCUAGUAUGAAUUUUCAUCUCGGUGAUAUUGAAUGCUUUUUUUUUUUUCUAUAAGUUGAGAUACGAGUAUGAUUUCUUGUGGGGUUUAGCUCUGGGCCUGUAGAACUCCAGCCCAAAUUUCUUCAGGGCCUAAAUCUUGCUUAAGGCCUUCAUCAUGCCUAAAGUAAUUAAACAUAGAUCUGUUCUUACAGCAGGACUUAGGAGGGUCAUAUUUAUGAGGGACUGUGCAUGGUGGUGUCAGCCCAAAUUGACAUGACAGGUCACUGAGUAUGUGGCCCUGGGUAAAACCUGGUGCCAGUUUUCAUCAUUGUUAUCAAACACUAGAUUGGCCACCUUAUUCAACUACAUGGUGCAGGUGAGCAAUUAUAGCAGAGAGAGUUCUUUAGUGCUUCCAUUCAUAUCCUUAUAUAAUGAGUGACUUGUUGAAAUUUAGCCUGAUCUUGAUUUGUAGGUCUUGAGACUCAGUUCCCAGCACCUUGAUUAUUAAUGUUAAGGAUGGCCAUGUACUACUUCAUUUAUGUAAAAGAAAGUUAAGCUUCAGGGUCCUAGGAUUUUUCUGAUUUCCAUAAUCCUUGAGUAGAAUAUCAAGAAGUAAUGAAGCCUGAUCUGCAAUGAAAAGUAACUUCAUACAAAAUUUUACAGACCUCUGUGCAUUAAUUUAAAUUCUUGGUGCAAAUAUGUACUUUGCAGUUCAACCUUAUUAAAAUUCUUCAGCCAGUUAGGAUUGCACAACACAUCAGUGAGAGUAAUAACUAGCAGAAUAAUUUCAAUGGCUAAAAAAUUUUUAUAGAAAGUCAUGUUUUUCGAAAAAGAAUAAAAAGUUCGAACCGCUAUUAUUCAAGAAAAGCCAUUUCUUCUGCAUCUGAGUCACCAAAAAUGAACACUUAUAAAACUUGUUAGAAAUACCUGCAGGCUUUUGAAAUUAAUUGUCCAACCUACCUAAGAACUUUAAAAUAUACCCUCCUUUUGUUCCUCUGUUCCUCUUUGCUGCCUCCUUUUGAAUUGAUAUUCUCAACUGUCAACAUUUCUUUUACUGCAGCACUGUCAUUUUAUUUCUUCACAUAAAUGUGUGCCCAGUAAAGUCCAGACUUGGGGGUGUUGUGGUGCUACCCAAGAUAAAUUGCUAUAACUCUGUAGAUGCAGUCUCAUCUUUAAGGCUCACAUUUACCUCAGGAAACUCACUCUAGUAUAGUUUUUUUUGCAAUGAAUUCUCAACUGGUAAAUAUUUCUUUAUACAGAUAAACUAGUACAUAAUUCACUGUUCGCUAAAUGAGCCACAGAUAAGGCAGCUAAAUUUCUGAAAGAAAGCCAGAGUAAGUGGGCAGCCCCUGUAAGCUCUGAAUCAGUAAUGAGGUAGCUGUUCCUCAUAGAACAAUGACAGAAUCUCGAGGGGGAGGGAGGUAUUUCGGUCUCAAGUUCGAAAGGGUAGGGCCGUGCGCACAUUGACUUUGACAGGAACAGUGCCUGUCCUAUAAGCAAUUUCAGUGGGCCCUGGGAGGUCACUCCCUCUCCACUACACUCCAUGUAGCUCACUCUGAGUCUGCCAGCGUUUUCGUAAAACUUUUGCAGAGGAAUUUAGCCGUGAAAUACAGCUAACCACCUUCCAUUGCAAGUUUUGCAAAGUGAAGAGGGGUUCAUAUUUCUCAUGAUUGGUACUUAGCACAAUUGUAAGAGACAGUUAAUACUGUUUAUACGUUGGUUUUUCCAUUAAGCAUUUCUAGAGAAGACGAAAGCUUAAACUUGCGGUGUGGGUAAGUUAGAUUAUGUCUGACAAGCAGUGCAGUAGGAAGCUGUGCAAUAAAGGCCAUGUUGGUGAAAUGACUCGCUGGAAAGUUGUACAGUUUGGGUGAGCUUCCUGCAUCAGUGGCCUGCAGGGUGGUCUACCCUUGGGCCGGGAAUGCACAGUCUCUAAAGAAACCCUUUGCUCUUACGAAGUAAUUGACAUACUUGCUUUCUGUUGAACUAACGGGAAAUGUUAAAUCUAACAGCUGUUUAUGUCUUGUAUAGAGAGUGUCAUAUGUAUUUAAGUUGUGUAUUUUUAUAAAGUAAAGGCAAAUGCCAAA